AUGAAUACCAUAGACCCUAUUCCGAUUGUUGUCUUCGGAAAGGACCUUAGGAUUGCCACUACCGUCUCGGAGAAGCUCCUCCCAGACUUUGUUACCCUUAAAAUCAACACCGACCUCGCCGCAGCUCUCGCGGAGUUUCCGCCUCUCUUCAACCCUACUUCCCCCUCCGCCAAGGUCCCACAGGCCGUCUUCUUCGGCGGGGGGUUCACCGAUAAAGAGUAUCAGGCCAUUGUUGGCGCCGUCAACAAGGCCAUCGCCAGUUCCCCAGCCUCCUCAGACUCCUCGGGCGCCUCCGCUGAGAAACCGGCUUCAGCGCCCAAGAGCGAGAAGAAAGUGCAUUUCAUUCGCGUGCAGAAGCGUGAUGUCCUCGCUGCCGGGUCGUUUGGCCCCAACACGGAGACCAUUUGCAAGGUUUUCCGGAAGAAGAUGGAGGCUGCCUUGGCCAAGGAGUAA